AAUUGGACUGUCGAGCAAGCCAGCCCAUCUAUUUUCUGCCCCCAAAACCCUAGAAAAUCUCGUCCGAUCUCUUCGAUCGAUCCAUCGACGGAUCUCCAAUGGCGAUCCUCUACGCCUUGGUGGCGAGGGGGACCGUCGUCCUCGCGGAAUUCUCCGCCGUCACCGGCAACACCGGCGCCGUCGCUCGCCGAAUCCUCGAGAAACUUCCGCAGGAACAAGAUUCCAGGAUGUGCUUCUCUCAGGAUCGAUACAUCUUUCACGUUCUCAAAGCCGAUGGCCUCACUUUCCUCUGUAUGGCCAACGACACAUUUGGAAGGAGGGUUCCUUUCUCUUACUUGGAGGAUAUCCAUAUGAGAUUUAUGAAAAAUUAUGGUAGAAUUGCUCAUUCUGCUCUAGCUUAUGCUAUGAAUGAUGAGUUCUCUAGAGUGUUGCAUCAGCAAAUGGAGUAUUUCUCUAGCAAUCCAAGUGCAGAUACACUUAAUCGUGUCCGAAGUGAAGUCAGUGAGAUACACACUGUCAUGGUGGAAAAUAUUGAUAAGAUAUUGGAUAGAGGUGACCGGAUUGCACUUCUUGUUGAUAAAACUGCUACUAUGCAAGAUAACACCUUUCACUUCAGGAAGCAAUCUAGGCGUCUUCGCCGAGCUUUGUGGAUGAAAAAUGCUAAACUUUUAGCCUUGCUGACAUUCUCAAUAGUUCUGCUGCUCUACAUCAUUAUCGCUGCUUGCUGUGGAGGCAUCACUCUUCCAUCAUGCAGAUCAUAAGAGCUUGUGGGUUGCAAAUUGAUUGGUUCUACUUUCUCAAUUCUGUGAUCCUGGUCCUGUAGUGGACAUCUUCACUGGUAAACCUCAGAUAUUUAUACGUGCCGAUGGCAACGUUCAGGAUUACCCAUGAUACCGGAUUACAUGUUCAACAAUAUAAGUUUUCUGUGUGAAUUCAGUGAAUAAGAUCUGCUUGUAUAAUGUUUGUUAUCGUUUUCACAUAUGGCUGAUGUUUUUUCUUAUGCAUGUAAAUUAUUUGAAUUUGGAGAACUGUAUUGCAGACUUCUUGACCAUUGUCUAAAGUUUGAUAUCAAGAAUACCCCUUUGGAUGGA